UGGACAUAGACUGUUGACCAUGCGGUACACCAUAUUUGUUUCCCUAAUAUAUGUGGUUUUUUACAUUGAGAAAACACAGACCUACGAAGUCACCAUCGAAUCCAUGAUGCCGGACCCAAGCUCAGAUCCAGACGCGGUUGACUUUGGUACACUCCGGAUCACGCGAGCCGGUCGAAACACUUUCACAAUAUCCGGUACAUUUAGUAUUCUCCGAGUAAUGGGCAACGAAGCAAGAAUUCGAUUGGAAGUUUUAUCGAAGGACAUCACAGGGCCAGGUUACAAUCAGCGUAUCUUUCGGAAUGAACGAGUUUUCUGCGAAUACCUUGAUACAGAAGAUAUGUUUAUUCCUCCACUUCGAAAGGUAUCAAAUUUUCCCAAUCGAGGCACGUGUCCCUUCCCGAAGCUGGAUGUUACCAUCAAGGACUUUCAGCUGGACGAGAAAAUGCUGCCGCGAAUGAUCCCCAAAGGGUCCUAUAUGUUGCGUACUCAAAUUCUAGAAGAGAAUCGCUUAAUAAUGGGAAUUUCUGCCACCAUAUCUGUGCACUGACAAACUCAAUUUUUCCAUUAAGGAGUUUGUCAAUUAUCAUCUCAACAUCAAAACUUCGACGACGACCGAAAUUGCUGCAGCCACUAAAUCGAACUGUCACGAAGUUCCACAUAUCCACCAUGUAAUGAUACCCUUUGUUUGAAAAUAAAAAUAUAAAUCCAA